CUCUGAGAGGCAGGGUUUCUCUCUCUCUCUUUCUUUAGACGCACAUACACAUGCUUUGGGGGAGGGGCAGUUGUGGAUAUUUAUCUGUGUUUCUUCUCAGCUCGGUGCAAGAACCUCUGCACAUGCAUGCACAGGAGCCAAAGAGCAGAGAGCACAAACAACACACUUCUGCAUAUCAGCAUCAAUGCACUAGAAUUCGACUGAAAGCCAUUCGAAAUGGUCUGACUGGGAAGGCAGCAGAGGCUGAAGAGACACCACAGGAGGUCAACUCACUUUUGAAGACCAACGAAGCAGGCAGAAGGCGAAAAGACUCAAAAAUAAGACUCUUCAAACGACCCCUGCAGUGGCACUUCCAUUUCUCUGCUGGCCUUCCUGCCCCUGUAGAAAUGUGGCAGAGUUGGGUAAAGUUCCGAGCGCCCGGAAGACGAAUAGAGACUGCAAUCUAAAAUGGCUUUCAAACAUAGACUCCACCCUGGAUUUGUGUCGAUGUCCCUCGUCUGGCUAUAAAUGUCUCUUUAGGCCUGAUUUACAGAAGUAGGCAGUGUGCUGAAGCUGUCCCCUCUUUGAACUCUUCAGAUGUAUGGGGUCCCCCGUCUAAAGUUGCCUAUGGUGAGCUCCAUCCUUGAUUUUAGGAGUGGAACAUUUCAUUGCUGUCAGAUCGCUCUGUAUCUCAGUUGCCUAGCAACUGAGGUCCAUUGCAAAGAUGCCUGGGAUGGUCACUAGGUUUAAUGAAACAGUCUUUGCAAUGGAUUACCAGGCGCUGAGGAUGAAGAUACUGCUCUUUUCAGAAAAAGAGACUGGAUUGUUAUUAGAAUGGAUUUUGUGUAAUAAAUGCAAAAUGUGUUAUCUAACUAAACAUAAUUGUAUUUAUUUCCUGUUUUCAGUGGCAUACAACAUGAUGCAUUAACUCUUGAGUCGUAAUGUAAUAAUAUCAGGAAAUUGUAGAUAAUGUGAUCAAAGUGAAGACAUUAUCCAUGAACAUUUGGAUGUCAAGAUACUGACUACUUUCGCAAGUUUUAUUGGUUUACAAGUGGAAAGUUAAUAGCCCAUGAUGAACUUGUUUCCUUCAGGCCAAUUUGGAGUUUCCCCUCAUUUUCAAUUUCAUUAAUGACUAAACCUUGAAUAUUGAAUUAGAUUCACAUUAUAAACACUCAAGGGAACGUAUAUCUCGUGUAAUAGUAAUAGAGGAGCACAUAUGUGGAGUAAAUAAUGUUGGACGUUGUUAAAGGAUAGGAAGUUUCUGCUGUCUUUCAUUUGGGCGCAUUACCUACAGUGGCUUACCGAGAAUGAGGUCAGUAUGACAGCUGAUAGUCUAGCGACCCCUGCUGUUUGCUCUCAGCAGCAGGCCUUUGUAUUUAACCUCGCUGCAGGAGAGCCGGCUGAGAUUAAAAACUCUGAUACACCACAGACCUUUGAGCUCACAGUCAUGACAGGUGUGUCACAGUGUGCUAUCAAUACCCAUAUGGCAGAGCCACAUGAAUAUGAAAGAAGCACACACACGCAUUUGCUUAUUCUGUCGUGCUGGGGACUAUCCAUUGACGUCUAUCUUUUUUAUACUAUCUAAUAAUAUUUUUUUACCCCUUACUCCUACAUAUUUAUAGACUAAAUUUAAAUUAAAUUACAUCCCUGGUGAAAAAAACAGCAUAUGCUGGUAGGUAUGUUUUGAUGCUGGGAUGCUGGUUAGGUAGGUUUUGAUGCUGGUUUAAGCUGGUCCUUUGCUGGUUUUUGCUGGUCAUGUUGC